ACAUUCAUUCACAUAAGGGAGAGCUACUUCCAGAGUUAGAGUGAUCUGCUGUGUUUGCCAGAGGAACGUCAUUUCUUUUUCUGAUAUUUGCAUUUGAGACCAGCUUUUAGGAAAUUAACAAGUUUUGUACAAACUUGAGUACACAAUGAUCUUUUUUAUUCCUGUUUUUGGUGUGCUGCUCACUUUGUAUCAGAUUGGGAGGAAUCCUGCUAGUGCUGGGAUGUGCUGGCUGCAACAGAGUCAGGACCAAAGGUGCGACAUGGUGCUGAUGAGAGGGGUGACCAGAGAGGAGUGCUGUGCCGGGGGACGCCUGGACACAGCAUGGUCCAACACCAGCCUGCCCAUGAAUGAGGUCAGCCUGCUGGGCUUCCUGGGAAUUGUCUCCUGUAAACCAUGCAAAGAGACUUGCGAGGGAGUCAAAUGCAGUCCCGGGAAGGUUUGCAAAAUGAAGAUGGGAAGGCCACAGUGUGUGUGCUCUCCAGACUGCUCUCACAUUACCCGGAAGCACGCUGUGUGUGGCAGCGACGGGAAGUCAUAUAAGGAUGAGUGUACGCUGCUGAUGGCCCGCUGCAUGGGGCACCCGGACCUGGAGGUCAUGUACCAAGGAGACUGCAAAAAGUCAUGCUCCAAUGUGGUGUGUCCAGGUACCCACACCUGUGUGACUGACCAGACCAACAGUGCUCACUGUGUCAUGUGCCGUACAACUCCGUGCCCAAUCCCCAUGCCGUCUGAGCAGCCAAUCUGUGGCAAUGACAACAUCACUUACCCCAGCGCCUGCCACCUCCGCCGAGCCACCUGCUUCCUUGGCCGCUCCAUAGGAGUUCGCCACUAUGGCCACUGCAACAAUCCCCCUCGGAAACCUCAAGAUCUGGAGGGCAGCGAAGAAAACGCGGUCUAGAUGGACAACUCGUGACACAGCCCCAUUUUUAGAGACGAUACACCACUAGCUUCCUGUGAUGACCUUUUUCUUUUUUUGACAAUCACUCCCCCUCCUCUUUGUACACAAAAUGACGAUACAUUUGGAAAACCUUUUUCUGAAGACAUACAGUAGUGUAACUGCCUCAAAAAGAGCUACAAAUCCCUGUGAGCAAUUUGUGAUAGUUUGAAAAAAGGAGGCAGAUGAACACACACGUGUCUCGAGAUAGAAAUAUCUCAUUGGCUCUUUGGGAGAUGUGUGCAUACUGUAAAUAGAAUACCACUACUAUUUAUUGGAGAAGGUAUCAAACUCUAUUUAUGUUUUUAUCCUAGUAACAAAUCCAUAUAUCCUUGGGAAAGCUGAUGCAUAAAAUGUAUUUAUUGCGUUUUGUUUAUUGUGUGUGUAUAAUAGCGGCUGCUGGCAUUGGCUUUUUUGUUUUGGUUUUUUUUGGGGUUUUUUUUACAGUUUUUACGUUCUCUAAUUUCCCCACAAACAAGCAGUUUUCCCCCCUCAAGCUGAUGGAAAGCUUUGCUAUUAUGUUUGGAAAGUUGAUACCACUUUAUGGUUAAUGUGGUUUCAAUUCACCACAAACAAGAAGACAAUAGCUACAUUUGGGUUGUAUGUGCUUACACUUUUGUCUGGAGGUGAGGAAGGGGCUCAGCCUACACAAACUGUAUCGUUACUCUGCUCCAAACUCUGUGCCACCCGCUAAUCACUAAAAUUAAUAGUUUGGUUGUGUUUGUAGGAGUCUCUCAGAGGAUUGUUGGUACAACCCCAAGCCCUCUACAAUACCUCCUCUGUUGAGUGCUUGGAUUUGUUUUGCAUUUCUGUAAGUCUUGCAAGUUCAUUCCAUUGCUGUUUUGCUGCUUUGAUUUGAUUGGAAUCUUUUAAAGAACUUACCGGACAGACAAAUGUAAUCAGCACCAUCUGAUUGAAAGGAAAAUUAAAUUUGUCUGAGAAUGGAGCACCAACCUGAUGAUACUGCCACCAAAGAUGAUGAGUCAGUCCAAGCUGGUAGAUAUCGAUACAAGUGGCCAAGUUCAAAUGGUCCAAUUCAGUCUUUUAACUCAAAGCAGAUGUCCGAAAUGCUUUCAAUAAUCCUUAUAGAGUAUUAUGGAACAUCUCAAUGACUCUUCUGUAAAUAACAGUCUCAUUGUACCUAACCUUGUACCUACUGUGAAAUUUGAAUGACAAAUGCAUCAACAUAUUUUUGUAUUUUUGUACUGCCAUUUCAAAACAACAUAAAGUUUAAAUAUUUGUCACAA